AUGCUUAGUGCUACCUUGUUAAGCAUUUUGUAUUUGUUGAUAUAUUCGGUUGGUAAUUUUAACGCCUGUCUUCUGAAUAAUGACCGAAGCUCAAUCUAUGUUUCAGUUAUGGAAAAUGCUGCUCCAGGUUCUGCACUGACCGAUCUUCCGAUACAAGGAGUCACCUUUGGUCCAGAACCUGACACUCAACUGAAGCUUGUCAAAGGCAAUGACCUUGUUGAUUUAGAUGCUCGACAAAAAAAACUUAUACUCAAAAAAGCUUUAGACAGAGAUGAGGGAGAAAGCAAAUUUGAGGUGGUCAUCGAAUGUAAGUCGUUAGCAGACGCUGAUUUUCCACAGAUCAACAUCAGUACUUUUAUAUCUGUAUUGGACGUCAACGAUAAUGCGCCAGAAUUUGAUUCAGACUUCUAUAACUUUAAAGUGGCUGAAGAAUUACCAAUUGGAACAAUAGUAUUUAUUGGAUUUAAAGCAACUGAUAAGGAUCAACCAGGACCAAACAGUUAUCUAACCUAUAGAAUUCUUCCGGGAAAAAACUCACACUAUUUGGCCAUUGAAGAACCGUCUGAACCAAAGAUAACAAUUGCUGAACGAAUCGAUUUUGAGCAGAUUACAGAGUUUGAUAUAUUAAUCGAAGCCAAAGAUGAUGGUAAUCCGGUGCUGUCAUCAAUUGUUAAAGCUCAUGUUACCAUUAUCGACGUUGAUGAUCAAAAUCCAGUUUUUGAUUAUGACUAUUAUUACGCAGAACCAUUCAAAGUAAUUUCAUUUUUUGACUUUAAAAGCUAUUUUAUCAUAAUUUUUAUUCUGCUAAUUUGUCAUCAGUAG